GUGUGUAAUUCUUAUUUCAUAUUUCAGCAGAUUUUUUUUUAUACAUUUAACAUAUACCACCAAUAUCAUGGACAUGCUAGGAAGCAGUACACAGUGUAGAGUACUACAGUGUUUUCAAUGUGAGGGAGACACGGAAUACUACUGCAACACGUGUAAACAUGACCUGUGUCUACAGUGCAAAGAGGAACAUGUGAUUAAUUUAAAUACCAUAGAUCAUGACGUUGUGAUUUACCGUGAGAAGUAUGAAAAUAUCCCCAAACAAGAGGCCUGUGUGAUGCAUCCAUAUAGAAUGUAUGAAAUGUACUGUUCCUCAUGUGAACUACCUGCCUGUUUUCAAUGUAAAGAACACAGAAAACACAGAGUACUAGACAUCAGAACAUCAUAUAAAACAAACCGCCAACAGCACAGAGAAAUCAUUCAUAACAUUAGAAGUAAUAUUAUCUAUGAGAGGUGUUAUCUUCUGAAUGGAAUCAAAUCUAAUAUAAAAAAUUGUCCUGUGGAAGUCUCUGAAAGUCUGGUGGAAGCGGCAAUGAAAGCCCAGAGACUAAAGAACCUUAUAGACACUGUGAUAUGUGAUAUUAAAAUCAAGCAGAAAUCUUUUAUGAUGCAUAGAUUAAAUCAACAGAAUGAAAUAAUGAAAAGACACCUUUCAUACAUAGAGAACUAUGAUAACAGAUUUGAACAAUUAGCAAAAACGCCAGUAAAAUUCCUCUUAUUUCUGAAGAAAACCCAUGUCCUUAACAUGCUUAGUAAGAUAAAGGGUACCCCAAAUCUUACACAUCACACCUUACUCUCUGUGACUGAAGAAAUCAAAUUGGAUGAUGUGAUUAGGUUACUAAGUGAAGUCCAAAUCAUAGAAACUGUAAGAAAAAUUCCGAAAAAUGAAGAUCUGCUUUACCUAUUGUCUAGCCCCAUGUUACUUGGAUCUGUCACAGUGACAGGUGUUGAACGCUUAACACACAUAUGCCAUGUGAUAUCAGACAAGGCUUGGGUCAGUGAUAUGGACAAUAUUAUGUUAAUAAACACAGAAGGUGAUACACUUUAUCAUCUGACAGGUUUGAAUGUUUCAGAACUAUUGUGUGUACACACUGUGAACUUGACUGGUGAACUUAUUUAUAUAGACUGGUAUGGUAAUAUUAACACAUUAUCCAAAGAUAACAAAACACAGUCUACACUGAAACAUAAAUCAGAAAUAUGGGAACCACGAUGUGUUUUCUGUUCCCCUUCCAAUGGAGAUUUACUGGUUGUGAAUUAUAGAGAUGAUCCUAUAGAAAUGGCCAACUUAACACGUUACAACGACAAAGGGCGACUCAUACAGAUGGUACAAAAUAAUAACAGAGGGCAGAUACUGUAUCGUAGACCUAUGUGCAUCACAGAGAACCGUAAUGGAGAUGUUAUUGUGUCUGAUGAUGAUCGUGUAGUGGUGACAGAGCGUGGAGGUAGACAUCGAUUCUCCUACACAGGUCCUCCUUUAGGAUUUGUAGGACUGGCACCACUAGGAAUCUGUACAGAUGUGAUGUCACACAUCCUGGUGUGUGAUGAUAACACCAGCUCAGUGCAUAUGAUUGACAAAGAUGGUCACUUUUUGUCACUGAUAUUGACACAAGAACAAGGUAUAGCCAGACCAGUGUCCCUGAGUUAUGAUGAUAAAACCCACCUACUCUGGGUAGGAACGUGGCGAAAUAACAGAAUAUGUGUAUACAGAUACAUCGGGAGAAAGGGGAUUUAAUCUGAGAGGAAGGACAAUUGUAAAAGUGUUUGCUCUUGGGUCUUGAAGUAAGGAGUUGAUCCUUCUACUGCACGUUCAAAUUCCACGGGAACGGUCUUUUGGAUGAUACCAUACAUGUAUAUGUAUAAACCCCGUAUGGCAACAGGUGCUGACAUAAAAAAGAUCCUCAUCCAGAUCAUUGUUCAAAGGUUUUGAGUGCCGAGAAGCGGUCUACCCACUGGUGCGAAGAUUUACUAAUCCAACGGCCAAAUAGUCCGAAGGUUCACAAGUCCGAUGGCCUUCUAAUCCAAA